AUGGCUUUUGUCGACCCGCGUCAGUCGACUCAGCCUCAUCAAACGGUGACAACUAUCAUAGUUACGGCUCUGGCCAUCUUUUUUGUCUUCCUCCGACUGCUAGCUCGGGGUAGGAAGCGUGUACGGCUAGGCCCCGAUGAUUACACGCUCAUUGUCGGAUUGGUCUUUGUGAUAGUAAUUGCAGCUGUCAACCUCGCCUGUAUUCACUAUGGGAUGGGCCGCCACACGUCUCGCAUUCCACCGGCCGAUCUACUCAUUUUCUCCCAGCUCCUAUACGCAUUCGAGCCUCUCUAUAUCACCACAGUCGGCAUCAUCAAAGUCUCCGUUCUUCUGAUGUAUCAUCGCAUCUUUCCAGUCCGUCUCAUCCGCGUCGCGGGCAUCCUCCUCGCUACCAUCACUGUCGCCUGGGUCAUAUCCGUCGACCUUGUCGCCAUCUAUCAGUGCACGCCCCUGGAGAAAGCGUACAAUACCCCCCUGGCUGGUCACUGCAUAGACCUCAAAGCCGCGUUGAUCGGCAAUGGGGUUCCGAACUUCGUCACGGACAUCUGCAUCCCCGCCCUACCCGGUCAGCUCAUCUGGAAAAUCCACGUCGGUUUCAGCCAGAGGAUCUCAAUCUUGCUUGUCUUCCUGAGCGGGAGUUUGUGUGUGACACGAAAUUCAUCUCUCUCCGCUGUCGACGAUUUGUGGAACGCUAAUACGAUUCCCUUUUCUGUUAGUGUCGUGUUCGCCAGCAUUUACCGAUUUAGUCUUAUCUUCUCCUUCGAGAUUAAUGAUAUCGCUUGGACCCUUGCCGACGCGGAAACGUGGUGUGUCGUGGAGACUGCAGCGGGCGUGAUCUCUGCUUGUUUACCGACUGUGAUCCCCAUGAUCAAGCAUACUUGUUGUGGCCUGGGACAUUCUCUUCCUCGGACAGCGUCCUCGGAUGGAGGAGUAGGGGCUAUCCUUCCCCCUGAGCGAUGA